AUGACGCAGGGUCCGGGCGGGCGCGCGUCCCCCGCGCCCCCCGAGCCCGAGGCGCCCACCACCUUCUGCGCGCUGCUGCCCCGUAUGCCGCAGUGGAAGUUCGCGGCCCCCGCCGGUUUCCUGGGCCGCGGCCCCGCGGCGACGCGUGCCACGGGGGAUGCGGGAGCCGCCCACGCCCAGUCGGAUCCCGCGGGCCCGGAGGGUGUCCCGGCGUUGGCGGCCGCUGUCCUGGGAGCCUGCGAGCCGCGCUGCGCUGCGCCCUGCCCGUUGCCCGCGUUGAGCCGCUGCCGGGCUGCCGGGGCGCGGGGGCCGCGGGGCGCACGGGGCGCACGGGACGCGGCGGGGCCCACGGACGCCGAGUGGAUCCGCAAGGGCAGCUUCAUCCACAAGCCGGCGCACGGCUGGCUGCACCCCGACUCCAGGGUGCUGGGGCCCGGCGUCUGCUACGUUGUACGGUACAUGGGCUGCAUUCAAGUCCUCCGCUCCAUGCGCUCAUUGGAUUUUCACACCCGCACCCAGGUCACCAGGGAAGCCAUCAACCGCCUGCACGAGGCUGUGCCUGGUGUCCGAGGCUCCUGGAAGAAGAAGGCCCCCAACAAGGCGCUGGCAUCCAUCUUGGGCACGAGCAACCUGCGCUUUGCCGGCAUGACCAUCUCGGUGCACAUCUCCGUCGAGGGCCUCAGCCUCUCGGUGCCCGCCACGCGUCAGACCAUCGCCAGCCACCACAUGCAGUCCAUCUCUUUUGCCUCGGGUGGCGACACGGACAUGACAGAUUAUGUGGCUUAUGUGGCCAAGGACCCCAUCAAUCAGCGAGCCUGCCACAUCCUUGAAUGCUGUGAGGGCCUUGCCCAGCGCGUGAUCAGCACCGUGGGCCAAGCCUUUGAGCUGCGCUUCAAACAGUACCUCCACAGCCCCCCGCAGGUGGGCGCGCCCCCCGAAAGGCUGACGGGGUUGGAUGAGUCGGCCUGGGGGGAUGAGGAGGAGACCCCGGAACACAACUACUACAACAGCAUCCCGGGCAAGGAGCCGCCCCUGGGUGGGCUACUGGACUCCAGGCUGGCCCUCACCCAGCCCUGCGCCCUCGGAGCCCUCGGGAACCUUGGCCAGGGAGGGUCCCCUGCUCGGAGGGAGACCCACGGCCUGCCCUGGGACCUGGAGGCCUGUGGAGCAGCCCCUCCAGGGGACGGCUAUGUGCAGGCAGAUGCCCAGGGCCCACGGGACUAUGAGGAGCACCUAUACGUCAACACACAGGGCCUGGAUGCUGCGGAUGCUGGGCCCGAGCAGCUGGAGGACAGCCCCAAGAAGGACUUGUUCGACAUGCGACCCUUUGAGGAGGCCCUCAAGACGCACCCAUGCGCACUGGCUGACCGAUGGCCCAGCCCCCCAACUCGGCGGGCACCGGUGGCCCCCACGGAAGAGCAGCUGCGGCAGGAGCCCUGGUACCACGGCCGCAUGACCCGGCGUGCGGCAGAGAGGCUGCUGCGGGCCGACGGCGACUUCCUCGUCCGCGACAGUGCCACCAACCCCGGGCAGUACGUCCUCACGGGCAUGCAGGCUGGGCAGCCCAAGCACCUACUGCUGGUGGACCCCGAGGGUGUGGUGCGGACGAAGGAUGUGCUAUUUGAUAGUAUCAGCCACCUCAUCGACUACCACCUGCAGAACGGGCAGCCCAUUGUGGCUGCGGAGAGCGAGCUGCACCUACGUGGCGUGGUCACUAGGGAGCCCUGA